AUGGGCAUUCGCGUGACUGGCUUCAACGGAGGCAAUAACAAGGCGGACCUCGUCAAAUCUCUCGGGGCUGAUGCCUUCUUCGAUUUCACCAAAGGAAAGGACAUUCUGGCCCAAGUCAUGGAGCUGACCACAUACAGGGCGCACGCUGUGCUUUGCUUUGCGGCCACAAAACAGACCUAUGCAUCAGCGCCCGAAUAG